AGAUCGACCGCCGUUUGAUAACAUCCAUCCAUCCAUGACAAUGGCGAUUAAUCUUUCAUGGAUGCACCUCUGUGUCGUCGUCGUCUUAGCCAUUUUUGGUAUUGCCUCCCGGGCGGCAACGGCGGGCGACGUACAAAUGACGUCGUUCAAUGUAAUGGGUUCCCUUCGGAAAACACUCGACGUCUUCUCCUUCUCUGUGCCGGAAGAGAGUAGUUUCCAGGAAAAUACUCUCUUUUCUUCUUCUUCUUCUUCUUCUUCUUUGGAAUCCUACUCGCUCGAGUUGCAUACUCGAUUGUCGGUUGGGAAAACAGUGGAGGGGGCGGAGGAUUACGGGUCGCUGAUGGCAGCUCGACUGGAUCGCGACUCGGCCCGAGUGCGGUGGCUUCAGACUCGGGCGCGAGAGGAGGAAGAGAAGGAGGAGGAUGAGGAGAUGAAUUCAUCAUCAGAUGCCACUACUUGGGUGCCAAUUAUAUCGGGGGUGAGUCAGGGUAGCGGGGAAUACUUCGCCCGGCUUAAAAUCGGCAGUCCAGGGAGGGAGUAUUACCUGGCUACCGACACGGGGAGUGACCUUACCUGGCUCCAGUGCCUUCCUUGCUCCUCUUGUUACAAACAAACCGACCCCAUUUUCGAUCCCCGCAACUCUUCCACUUACUCCACCCUCCCUUGCGCCGCCCAGCAGUGUCAGUGGUUGCAUGAAUCCGGCUACUGCAGCCGCGACCGCCCCAGCCAGUGUAUGUACGCGUACGCGUACGGCGACAAAUCUACCACGGCGGGCGAACUUGCUACGGAAUCCGUAGCCUUCGGAUCCGCGGCGGCUUCCCAACAUUAUAAUAAGGUGCUAAUUGGUUGCGGACAUUCCAAUAAAGGGCUGUUUGCUGGAGCCGCAGGAUUGCUUGGUCUAGGCCGCAGCCCAUUGUCGCUCCCUUCCCAGAUGAAUGUAUCCUCUUUCUCCUACUGCCUCGUUGACCGCGACUCUACAAACUCGUCCACUCUAGAGUUCUUCGCCUACUCCACCACCACCAACGACAGCAGCAGCAGCAGCGAAGGCGUGGUCGUUGCCCGUUUAAUUCCACAGGAAGGGAUUUUCUAUCUCGUCGACUUGAUCGGGAUCAGCGUCGGCAACAACGAAGAUGAUACCGAUCUCUGCAUACCCAAGCGGCGGCGGCGGAGCUGUCAUCAUUGACUCGGGAACAUCAAUCACCAGGUUGCAUAAGGACGUCUACAGUUCCUUCCGACGGGAUUUCUUGAAUGCGUCGGCCAACCUGAGGACGGCAGCCGAUCCCAACCACAUAUUCGACACGUGUUAUGAUUUUUC